AUGUGUUUUGCUCGUAUACCGUCAUUGAAAGCAAAAGAACAACAAACAACAAUAAAGAAAACAAAAGUGAAAAGUAAAAGAAGAACAGAACGGGACAGAUCAAGAUGGAUUCAACAUAUGGAAAGAAAACAACCAAUGUUCGAAUUACCAUUUUCUAAUAUCAGAAAUGCAGCCUUCGUAAAUGUUUUAGAAACAAAUCAUUCAGUUAAAGUGGAAUUAAAAAGAGUAAAAGAAAAAUUAAAGGAGAAAAAUAUCAACGGUGAAAAAUUUAAGGAUCAACAUAAAAUGAAAGAUGAGGAAAUAAGCAACCUAAAAGAACAAUUGCAUACAAUGUGGGAAAGAGCACAACUGUAUGUUAAACAAAAUGAGGAAUUUCGCGAAGAAUUGGAUAAAUUUAAAUCAACACCAGAAAAUCUAAAUAUACAGGAUUUAUAUUGGCAAAAUGAUUUAUUAAGGAGUGAAAACUUAAGGAUAAAAACAGUGAAUAAUAAUUUAAUGAAACAACAACAUUUAGAAAACAAUGAAAUAGUUAAAAACCAUCCAUUAUACAUCAAUCUUCAACUAGAUAAUGAUCAAUUACAAAAAACAUUAGACUUAUUUAAAGAAUCAACAAUGGGUAGAAAAGAAGAAAGAGAAAAAUAUGAAAUAAAGAUAGUACAGCUUGAAAUGCAGAUAAGACAAUUUCAAAACUUUCAACAACAAAACCAUCAACAACAGCAACAGCAGAUGUGGCAUGAACCACCAAAUGUUUACAACCAAAGACAAUCGUUUAAUUCAAAUAACAACAGUAGGAACAAUAGAGGACGAUUUAUUUAA